GUACACACUGGUGGAUAUUUUGCGCGCCAUCCUUCUUUCCUUAGAGGCCAUGAUUGAGGAUCCUGAACUUCAAGUAAAUGGAUUUGUUUUGAUUAUAGACUGGAGCAACUUCACUUUCAAACAGGCUUCUAAGCUGACACCAAGUAUGCUUCGAUUAGCCAUAGAAGGCCUUCAG